CCGCCGGGAUCCGCCGCGGCUCCGCGCCGCCCGCCCGCUGCCGCCCGCCGCCUGCUGCCGGGCCCAUGGCGAGCACGUCGGCGGAGAUCAUCGCCUUCCUGCUCACCAUCUCAGGAUGGGUGCUGGUCUCCUCCACGCUGCCCACCGACUACUGGAAGGUGUCCACCAUCGACGGCACGGUCAUCACCACCGCCACCUUUUGGGCCAACCUCUGGAAAACAUGCGUGACCGACUCCACCGGCGUCUCCAACUGCAAGGACUUCCCAUCCAUGCUGGCGCUGGACGGUUACAUCCAAGCCUGCAGAGGAUUGAUGAUCUCCGCUGUCUGCCUGGGCUUCUUCGGUGCCGUUUUUGGACUGGUUGGGAUGAAAUGUACAAAAGUCGGAGGCUCUGAUCARACAAAAGCAAAAAUAGCUUGUUUAGCUGGACUGAUUUUCAUACUCUCUGGGUUGUGCUCUAUGACUAGUUGUUCCCUGUAUGCAAACAGGAUUACGUCUGAGUUCUUUGACCCUUCUUUUGUUGCACAAAAGUAUGAAUUAGGAGCAGCUUUGUUCAUUGGAUGGGCUGGAGCUUCACUCUGCAUAAUUGGUGGCAUUAUAUUCUGCUUCUCAAUAGCUGAAAACAGUAAUUCUGCAAGGAGGGGCUAUGCCUACAAUGGAGCCACAUCUGUGAUGUCUUCUCGUACAAAGGUCCACAACAGCGUCCCUGACAAAACCCCACCCAAGCACUUUGACAAGAACGCUUAUGUUUAGUUGCACUCUUGGAAGACUCAGAGCGUUUUAAACAUUAUUUUGUACGUUUCAUUCAGUGAUUCUCCUCAUCCCAACCCCAAUGUACUUACCACUAAGACAAUGACUUUUAAAAAUAUUAACUUGCAGCUUUUUACAUAUUGAUGUAAAUUUUAUUAUAUAUUUUAAGAUUGAUGUUGGUACUGUAAAGUUUAUACCUGGAAAUCAUGAGCUGAUGUUGCAUUCUUGAAAAAAAAAAUAAAUGAGGUAUUUACUAAUUCGGUUYGUCAUGUCAGCUGCUUAUGGGAAUGGCAUCACACAUUGGCAUACUGCCGGAAUUUCUGACAUGGGUUCAGUGCUGGAAAGAAAAGUCAAUUGGAAUAAGAAAGGGAGUAAGAAGAGACUGGGUGAAAAUAAGUGAGUAAUUUGGGGAAGCAGGAGCAGGUACUGGUAGCAGUCGGAGCCAAUUGUUAACAAAACCAUCAGGUGGGU